UGGCCGCGCCAAUGCCCCGCCCUGCUGCCGAUUGGCCGAGCCUCCCGCCUCCUCCCUCUCAUCUUGCUGGGGCAGCCAGGUUGCCCAGCUGCAGCUCCGCCACACUGACCACAGAGGCACCGGAGGAUGCCCACGCAUCAGCACUCGGGAGAUAAGAUGAGGAUACACUCCGGCUUUGUUUUUUUGUUCUGUGGGAUAUUUUUGCCUGGAAUCCUUGGUUUUCCACAGACAAAUAACUCAAUCGAUUGUGAUUCUCUGUUACCAAACUAUGAAACUGAACCACAGACUUCUGCACCACCAUAUAUUAUUACUGCAUCUUUUGAUAACUUUGAGCCAGGAAAUGAAAUCCAAGUGACUCUAGAAGCACUUAAAGAUGUUGGUUUUAAAGGAUUUAAUCUACAAGCUCGAGAAAUAGAAGGAGAUGUUCCUGUUGGUACUUUUAAAAUUACAGAUCCAAACACUAAAGGCUUGGACUGUCAUAAUGCGACGAAUUCAGCAGUAAGUCAUGCAAACUCAGACGAGAAAAAGAAAGUUACAACAACAUGGAUUGCUCCACAUGGUGUUAGAGAUCUUCAAUUUAUUGCAACUGUUGUCCAAGAUCUAGAGAAAUUUUGGGUUGGAAUUCAAAGCAAAACUCUCACAGCUACACAUUCCGGGUCAGUUAAUGCGACAGGAAAAAGUAAAAGGAAGAUUCUGAUAGAACUAGAAUGUAAUAAGCGUGGAGGGACUUACACAACACAGGGCCGAUGCAUCAUGGUUGGACCUUCCGGUUCAUCUCAGAGCAGCUAUUCAAGCAGUCAGGGUGGACAAGUCUACACAAUAACCAGGAAUGGAUGCGGCCCUGGAGGUGCUGCUGGUGCAUAUGGUCAAUACGCCUGUAAAGAUAGUGCAUCCUCAUACAGCAAUGGUCUUACCUAUGGCCAGUCCAUCCCUUCAAGCAGUUCAGAUUCCAGUAAGAAGGUAGUGGUCAUUACCAACAGCAACCCUUAUCCACCUGUGCGUCAUACCUACCCCCAGAGCUUGGGAAGUUCUGCUACUAGGAUCAUAAUACAGGGUUCCCGAGGCAGCCAGUCCUCUGGACAGGGCUACUCAUCUCAAGGUGUCAGUUCCUAUGGCCAGGGUCAGCCAAGUUUCACAGGCAGCAGCAGUUCUUCUGGCCAGGGUUCCCAAGGCAGCCAGUUCUCCGGACAGGGCUACUCAUCUCAAGGUGUCAGUUCCUAUGGCCAGGGUCAGCCAAGUUUCACAGGCAGCAGCAGUUCUUCUGGCCAGGGUUCCCAAGGCAGCCAGUUCUCCGGACAGGGCUACUCAUCUCAAGGUGUCAGUUCCUAUGGCCAGCAGGGUGGAUCUUCAGGUAGCAGCAGCGGUUGUGGACAGGGUGUUUCCUAUGAUAGCAAUCCCUGUCACCAGGGUGAAUCACAGGGUGGUCAGGGGGGAUCUUACUCCUCACAAAGCUAUGGUAGUGGCCAACAGAGUGGAUCAUCAUCCUCACAAAAUUAUGGUAGCAGCCAGGGUGGAUCCUCUUCACAAAACUAUGGUAGUGGCCAACAGAGUGGAUCAUCAUCCUCACAAAAUUAUGGUGGCAGCCAGGGUGGAUACUCUUCACAAAGCUAUGGUAAUGGCCAACAGAGUGGAUCAUCAUCCUCACAAAAUUAUGGUGGAAGCCAGGGUGGAUACUCUUCACAAAACUAUGGUAGUGGCCAACAGAGUGGAUCAUCAUCCUCACAAAAUUAUGGUGGCAGCCAGGGUGGAUACUCUUCACAAAACUAUGGUGGUGGCCAAGGUGGAUCAUCCUCAUCUGGCUAUUAUGAUGGCCAGGGUUCACAGGAUUACAAUCCUAACGCUUGUGAUGAUAAUGAAACUACCUAUAGUGCCAAUGGUCAAAAAUCUGGUUGUGCAAGAAAGAAACUUGUUGUCAGAGAUACAUCGCGUGUUUUGGGCAAAAGAGACCAUGAUGUACAGAAUGAAUCUUCUACUUCAAACAGCAACCACACUAACUUCCAGGGUGGAUCAUUUAUUGCAACUGAUGCUGGAUCAAGUAGUCAGGGUGGCUGCAUUUGUCCUGAUGGAAGCAGUGGUAGUAGACAGGGAGUCCCAGGCUCUGCACACAGCACAUAUUUUGGUAACCAGGGAGGGCCUUUCUUCUAUCCUGGAGGAUCCUAUGGACAGGGCGGCCCAGUUUCUUCCCACAGCUCUUACUCCGGUAACCAGGGAGAGUCUUCCUUCUAUCCUGGUGGAGCUUCCUUCUAUCCUGGUGGAUAUUCCGGCCAGGGAGUCCCAGGUUCUGCACACAGUACAUAUUCUGGUGACCAGGGAGGGCCUUUCUUCUAUCCUGGAGGAUCCUAUGGACAGGGCGGCCCAGUUUCUUCCCACAGCUCUUACUCUGGUAACCAGGGAGAGUCUUCCUACUAUCCUGGCGGAUCCUCCUUCUCUCAUGGUGGAUCUUCUGGACAGGGAGGGUCUUCCACCUAUGACGGUAGCAGUGAAUCCUAUGGUCAGGGUGGAUCUUCUACCUACGGUGGUGCCGGAUCUUCCACACCUAGCGGUAGUCAAUCUUUUGGUCAGGAUUCACUUCCCAUAGGAGGCGGUGAAACUGACGACAAUAAUUCCACAUCAGCAUCUGGCAGCCAUCAGAGUGAACGGGAUUUUUAUUCCCCAGGAGGCAGCCAGUCAGGUGGACAUGGAUCAUCUUCUCAAAGUGGUGGCUACUCCAGUGGACAGGGUUCAGCUUCUUCAGGAGGCAGCCAGUCUCGUGGACAGGAGGGAUGCAAUUGUUCUGGAGGAAGUUCCGGUGGAUCCCCUACCUUAGUCAGAAGUGAUUCCUCUGCAAAUGGCUCAUCUUCUUCUGGAAGCAGCCACUAUAGCCAGUAUGGUGGACAGGGCUCAUCUUCUUCUGGAGGUGGCCAUUAUAGCCAGUAUGGUGGACAGGGCUCAUCUUCUGGAGGCAGCCACCAUGGCCAGUAUGGCGGCCAAGGUUCAUAUUCCUCUGGAGCUAGCCAGUAUGGUGGGCAUGGGUCAUCUUAUGGAGGCAGCCAUUCUGGUGGACAAGGUCCAACUUCCUCAGGAGGCAUGCAUUAUGGUGGGCAGGGUUCACCUUCUUCAGGAAGCAGCCAGUAUGGAGGACAGGGUUCACCUUACUCUGGUGGCAGCCAUUAUGGAGGACAGGGCUCUCCUUCAAGAGGCAGCCAGUCUGGCGGACAGAGUGGAUGUGUGUGCCCCGGUGGAAGUUCACUCUCAUCAUAUUCUGGAAGCAGUCCAUAUAGAGGACAGGGCUCUUCUCCCUCAGUAAGCAGCCAGUAUGGUGGGCAGGGCUCAAGUCCUUCUGGAGCCAGUAAACAGGGCAAACCAAAUUCACCUUCCUCAGGCAACAGUCAAGUGAGCUCUGCUGGGAAACACUCAACUCCCCAACUCCUGCUGUUAUUCAGUGUUCUGAGUGCCUUUGCUCUCUCUGCUGCUACAUCAAAAUGGUCUAUAUGAACUUCUGAAGAGCUGCUUGGCAUCCUAGGCAUGGAUUAUAUUCAGCAAUAUUAGAUUAAUUACUUGAUGUAAGAAAAAAAGUACCCUUAAGUCAAAUUGUCAAAUGCUACUUGGCUGUUCUGUUGUAUGUCUAGCUAGUAUGUCAUGCUUCUCAUUAGUUUACUUUUGGUUUUAGUCAUUAGUAGAUACCAUUAGUUUUGUCACUGUUUUAGGCAUCAUUUUAAGAGAGUAUGUUGUACCCUACCUGCAUGGUUUAUUUUUAUUUCUGAUGGGGAAUGUGAUGAACACCUACCUGAAACCUGAUUGGUGCAAGAAACAUUUAGAAAAGAUUUGGUUAUUAACCAAAGCAGAGGAGAUCAAACGAAUUGUUGUAUAUACAAACUGAGCACCAUGCCUGGUUAUCAUCGCAUAAAAUGAGGCUAAUGUAAACAUCUGAAAAGCAGUCCUCCAUGGGGCAGAAGAAAAGAUGCUAGGAUAAUAUCAGAAUAUUUGUUUUAGUCUAUUGUAAUCAACUGCAAGUUCAAUAUGGAGGUUCAAAGUGAAAAAAAAAAAAUCAUUAGAGAAGCCAAACAGCUUAGAGGAAAGACGUGCUGAGCUCUGUUCACACUGAGUGCAAACACCUACAGUUCUGUACGGAAGCAUAAGAGACAAUGCAUCCCAGAUUAGCGUGAUACUCUAAAAGCUGCUGAAAAGCAAUGUGUUUUCCCUUGGGAAGGAAUGGGAAUUUAAUUAAGUUAAUAAAACUGAUAGUUAUCUUGGCUCCUUUUCUCAAGUGUUUAGUCUAACCUGUGAUACCUAUCUGCAAGUUUAAUUUCAAGAAUGUUGCUGACAUGUGCAAGCAGGUACAGUAAAUGUGGUCACAGAAAGACUGUGGCUGGUUUUGAGUUCAGGAGCAGUUCCCCAUCUCGCAGCAACGCCACCUCCUGUGUGCGCAGUGACCGCGGUGCCGGCACCGUGUUGGCAGCGAUGGUGCCGCCAUGGCUCCGCCUCCUGCAGCUCCGGCCGGGUCAGCACCCGCGGGCCGUGUUCCUGCAGUGGCUUCUCUUAAAGCAUGCUUCUAGUUCAUGUCUUUUUCAACAUCUGCCUCGUACUAAAAUUAAAUUUAUUACUCUCA